CACUAAUAAAUUAUGCAUACGUGGCAAACAAAUACGGAAAUUUUUUCUGAUAUACUGUUAUGUUUCAAAAAUACGUUGUAAAUAAAACAAUUGAGGAAAAUUCUAUACUUUCCUGUCUAAUUGUCUCAUACCACACGUAUUUUACACUCUCACUUAUUUUCAAUGUCAUUAUUCUAAAAAAGAGGAAAUUUAAACACAACAUUAUUUGGAGAACUAGAUAUCUUUGGAAAUUUGAUGUAAUAACGUAUUUAAAUUUCAUCAGCAAUAACUAAUAUUUGCUAUUCCACUAAAAAAAAAUUUUUCUAAAAAAAAACCAUUAACAUAAUAAUGAAAUGUCUCAUAUAUAACGUCACUAAUUUUUUACUUUUUCGACACAUAUUAAACAAGUUUUAACUAAAGAAGUAAUCUUUGUAAAAAUGAAAUUCUUUCAUUUAACUAUUGGAUUGAUAGGACUUAUUCUUUUGUCGUGUAUUAAAAUAGAAGUCAUAGCACAAAAUCAAGAAAAUCAGGAAACUCAAUCAACAACAAAUAAACCAGAAACUGCAACAGAAUCAAAGAAAAAUCAUGAAAGUACAACAGAGAUAACUAAGUCAUCAGAAGUUACUACCGAGCAACCUAAAAUUAAGGAGAAUGGAACACAAUCAAGUAAUAAAUCAGGAGAAAAUUCAGAAAAUUCAGAAGUGUUAACUAAAAAUAAUGAGAGUGGAAUACAAUCAAUUAAGAAAGGAAAAAAAGAAAUAGAUAUUAAUCAAGAACAUGAAGAUUCAACACGACCUAGCACGCAUGUAAAAGUAAUAGUCAACUUAGGUGAUAAAAAUGGAAGUGAAAAAAAACCAUCUCAAAGCCAGGGAAAUAGAAGAAAUAUUAAUAAUAGAAUACAAGGAAUGCAGAAUCCUCACACCGUAGUUUAUGUACAAUAUCCUCAAAAUCAACGACGUGGACCACAACUACAAAACAAUGUACGAUAUCAAAAUCAGCAUGGUCAAAAUCAAGGACCUAUAAGACCUCACAAUAGAGAAUAUGUACAACAAUAUCCUCAAAAUCAACGAUAUGGACCACAAAUACAGAACAAUGUACGAUAUCAAAAUCAGCGUGGUCAAAAUCAAGGACCUAUUGGACCUUACAGUAGAGGUAACGGACAACAACGUCCUCAAAAUCAAGGACCUAGACAAGGUCCAAAUAAUCAAAGAUUUGGAACACAGCCAUAUUACAAUUCGCUACGCAAUCGGACAUAACUAUCAUAAAAACUUGAAGUCUCAAACCGCAGCCGCCUCUCAAUAUCCAGCUUAUAGGUAACAUCUUAAAAAUAUGAUAAGUUUAUUGAUAUUAUUGAAAACCUACUAAGGAUUAUAUUUGGUUGGUAUUUUACACAACCUUUUGUAUUAAAUAUAUUGAAUAAAUACUUUAAAAAUAUUCGUCAUCAGUAAUCUCUAAGUCACAAAUGAAAUAUUAUGUAUAAACCUUGACAUACCCAUCCCAUUCCGAUUAUUAAGAUGUAUCAUUUUGGAAAUUGGUUAAUUAUUACUCACUCAAUUGUACCUGUCUCGGAAUUAACGUCACAUCAAUUCAAUUAAAUAAAGAGUUAUAAAAAUAAAAUUCCGGAAAUGUAGUAAAACCACGAUUACUAAAUGUAAUCAUAUACUUAUCAGUUAAUCAUUUUAGUGAGAAUUGGCUCAUUGAGAGGACGCGCCUAAAAUAGCGCGAGUAUUCAGUUAUUAUUCUUCUAGGUGUUAUUAUCGUAAAUAUCGAAAAUU